UGGUGAUUUAGACCUGGGGCUUGAAGUGGGAAAUCCAUACAUUGUUACCGUCGGCGCACCAGCUCUGGUCAAUGCCGGCCCUGACCCGGAGCACACCGCCCCAGAGCCUGACCUUUCCCUGGUUAAAGAGGAAUGCGGCGGAACACUGGUCACCCUCAACCUCAGGGAAGUGAUUGACCUCAGUGAUGACGAUGGCUGUGUCGUGGAGAGGGAGAGACACUUACCUAAUGCACCAGAAGUACCUCACAGUUGUGUUGAUUCUCAGAGUACAUCUAGAAGUAUUGAAGAUAGGAUUAGCAAGCCACAAUUAGGAGAUGCAGUUAAAAAUAAGGAAGCUCAACCUGUUCUUAGUGUGGAUACUGACUCUUGUGAAAACCCAGACCCCAGUUCUCAGCCAGAUUUACCCCAUAGAUCUCCAAAGUCUUUCACUACAAAUAUUGGAACACUGAAACAACAAACCGCCUCCAAAGCCUUAUCUGUUCCAGUGAUAAAAAGCCCUUUAACAGGCCAGACGGUUGUAUUAAACAGUCAACAGAUAGAUUACAUUAAAAAUCUUGAGGCCAAGAUAAAGGAGGAUAUCAGUAGGAUAAUUGCUGGUCCCCUUAAAAGACCACAGAACACUGACACUCAAGUUUCAUGUGCGAGUCACACCAAGGAGCCCGUUGUACAGAGAGUGGCUGCCUCUCAACAGAAAGUCCUGCAAGACAUUUCUCAGCCCUGUCUGUCAUCAUCUCAAACAUCAAGUAACAGCUACACCAUUUCUGUGGCAGUGUCUCCACAGCAAAACAAUGGCAGUCAGAUAAAAAACAUAGACAGAGUGCAUAUGAAAGAAGAGCCAGACGACUCAGUAGAGGUUGACGAUGAUGCUGUGAGUACAUGCAGCUCAGAAGUAUCUCAUUCAUCCUAUGUGUCUGGGGUGUCAUCAUCCAAGACACGUAGGUCCUCAUCCAGCUCUUUUACACAGAUGAAAGACCAGCAAGCAGAACCGCUCAGCACCAGGGCCCAGCAAGCCAUUUCAUUGAUUAGUUCCUGGACCAAAGAAGAGGUGUCUACCUGGUUGAAAGCACACAAUUUUGAUAAAGUCUGUCCCAAGUAAGUUUACACCUCUAUUUAUCUCUAACUAUAUAACUAGAGGUUACCGGAUAUAUUGGUUGUGUGUGUGUGUGUGUUUUUUUUUUUCUUUGUUGCCAACUGGUUAUUGGUUUUUAGGAAUCUGGUAUUAAACCAGUAUUUGUUCAUAAAGUGCAUUCUCAACUGUUCAGCACAGCCAUGUCAGAUUGACAGGGUAUUUUAUCAGACUGUAGGUGGCAUUAUUUAGGUACCAGCACCUGAGCCCUGGUGCGGUGUGCAUUAUUUACUUAACACUGAAAAAGUAUGUGCCGGAGAACCUUUAUUUAUUGCCAGUGAGCAGACUGCAAUAAUAUGAUCUGCAAACUGAUUAAGUGAUGUAUAAGAUCACCUCCUUCAGGGCAAAUUCUUUCUGUUAAAGUUAGGAAUGAAAGAUAUACAAAUUGUUUUGUUCCCCAGUCUGUAUGAACUUACCAGCUUGCUCCCUCCAGCGAUUACCAAAUCUAAAUGAUCACUAAUUAUGUCAUUGUUGUCACUUAGGGGGUUCAUUGAUGGCUGAUUUCUACGCUAGAUAAAUACUUAAGAUGUCUUGUGUUUAAAUUGUCUAAAAUUUUAUUUUGGUUAAAAUAUGUAUCCACUUAUGUGCUGAAAGUGAAUUUGUACAAUAACAUUAAAAAACAUUUCCAUUUAUUUUGAUCAAUAAAAGAAUGUUAUCUUACAUACCGACACUUACUUUAGAUUUCACUUCCUCUUCCCUUUGUUCUAUUUCUUUUCUCUUAAUAGUAAUGCUCUUCUUAUAAAUAUCAACAACUUGUUAUUAGUUUCAAAUAUGGUAACCAGAUCCGAUUAUCAUUUAACAUUCUAAAUACUUAAUGUCAGCACAUUUUUAAAAAAAUUGUUGCUGACAAAAUAAAUAUUCUUUAAUUAAGAACUGGUGUUUUACAAUAUUUCUUCAAAACUACUCCAAAAAACUAAAUAUAAUAAGUUAUAUAUGCUGCACACAAAAUACCAUUACUAUCCACUUGUCUGUACAGAAAUUUAGUCAAAUUUAACCUUUAAAAAUGUAUUUACAAACAUGCAUUUGUUAAUUGUGACAACAUUGAAUGGUGCAUCAAUAAUUUAAACUUUCAUUGAAACUAAUGAUUUUUAAAUUUAAAAAUGUUUUUGGUCUGAAAAGUUUACCCCUUUGUCCCUUGUGCAUUCAAUUUUUUUUUUCAAUUUUUUUUUUUUAGUUUGAGUUGCCUGGACAGCAAAGGUCUACAGAGAAUGGCAUUUGAAUACCACCAUGAC